AUGGAGACUAAUGAACAAGGAACAGAAAUACCAAAUGACUCAAAAAUAAAACAUGAAAAGAUUACGGAUGAACAUAAAAUAAAUGAAAACACCUGUAACCUACGUGUAAAAGGUGUAAUUAAACAGAAUAUCCAAGAGAAGUAUAGUGAAAAUGAAGAUGGAAUAUUUGGUAGGAUGGACUAUUAUAAAAAAAUGUACACUACCUUCGAAGACAGAGUCAAUUCUAUGUGGAAUAGAGGCGAAUUUGGAUCUUCCACAGAGCGACUUCCAGGAACUAGAAAAAGUGUACAUUUUUACAACGAUUUAGACCUAGAGUCAUUCAGAAUUCCACAGAAAAUUACAGUUAAAUCACAUAGGAGCAUGCAAGUUUGCCAUACGGAAAGAUCUACAGGGGCUUUUAGAGAACAGAACACGGUAUCAAAAAUACUAAGGUCCGGCCAAAAACUGUACGCAUUUAAAUUUUGCAAUCCUGGAAUUAAAACACCGCUCUACCUCGAUGUGGGCUCAUUGGAAAGUAUGCAUUGCGGUCUGGUGUAUGCGAGUCGAGAAAUUGGACUUUUCAAAGUCUCAAUUGUACCACCACCAGAAAGUUUUGGAAGCAAAGUCUGGAACUUUUUAGGGUUGAAUGACAAAAAAGAAGGUCUAAUAUCCAGUAUGAUGGGUACAUUUGCCGACUAUACCGGGUUUUCAUGGUCAAACGAGACCAAGGUAGAUGAAAGAAAAACAAAUCUACCAUUUGUGCAACUGAGAUACAUGUAUACUCUGGAUGAUGAACUUGCAAUUGCAGAUAAUACACUUCCAACAAACUGUUAUAUCGCUUCAUUCUUUAACGGGCACUUUGAAAAACUCAUGUGCAUGCAAAAUAUGAGAAAUAUUAAAAAGGAAGAUAUAAGAGGAGACCAUAGGUUUACACUUAUGCUAAAACCUCUACAUUCUGACACCAAAAAGUGUACAAUUGUAAAUUCUAGCACAAAUGAACAACUGUGCAUAGAUACACUUACAAAUGAAUUAAAGUUUGGAAACUCAAAUGCCCCUGGAUCAUAUUCAUAUAUCGUUCCAGCUUGCUUUAAAUUAGUUCCAUUGCAUACGAUUGUAAGUGCAGUAGAACCAAACGUAAAGUGCGAAACAGAAAGAAGAAUUCGCACCCCAACAGUAAAACGCAGUGCAAGAUUUGUCGAUAACUAUGGCAAUUUUUCUCCAAUCACAGCCGCCGCUGGAACACCAGCUCCAUCUCCAAGACCGGAAAACAUAAUGCAGAACGCUUCAGGUAUAAACUCCGGCUCAAAUGAUAUACCUUUUGAGAUGCCACAAAGGAAUUUGAAAGAGCCAAAUUAUACAGACGCAGAAAAGGCAAACAUAGAAGAAAUCUACAUAGGAAAGACAGAAAAGGAUGUACAAAAUUUUGAUAAAUCUCCAAUAUCAAUAUGCAGUAGAACAACUCUGGUUCCAAUGAAGGGAAAUGUAGAAACUUCCAGAGAUGUAAAUGUAAAGAAUUUAAAACUGAGGUUCGAAAGGUGCGCCCAGAAUUAA